AAGCACACACUUUCGUCAAAGUCGUACACACACCAGUGAGUGAGAGAGAAAUGGUGAAUCCUAAGGUUUUCUUCGAUAUGGCGAUCGGCGGUGCACCGGCCGGCCGUAUCGUGAUGGAGCUCUACGCCGAUGUUGUUCCGAGAACGGCCGAGAACUUCCGUGCCCUUUGCACCGGGGAGAAAGGUGUUGGAAAAGCCGGCAAGCCUCUACACUACAAGGGAUCGAAAUUCCACCGUGUGAUCCCUGAUUUCAUGUGCCAGGGAGGUGACUUCACCGCCGGAAAUGGCACCGGCGGCGAGUCGAUCUAUGGAUCGAAGUUCGCUGAUGAGAACUUCAUCAAGAAGCACACCGGUCCUGGUGUGUUAUCCAUGGCCAAUGCUGGUCCUGGAACUAAUGGAUCGCAGUUCUUCAUAUGUACCGCUCAAACCUCGUGGCUCGAUGGGAAGCAUGUGGUGUUUGGACAAGUUGUGGAGGGACUGGACGUGGUGAAGGCGAUCGAGAAGGUUGGAUCGAGAUCUGGAAGUACUUCCAAAACUGUGACCGUCGCUGACUGUGGUCAACUUUCCUAGAUCUGAGAUCUGGUCUAUAUAUUGAGUGUGUUAUCUAUCUUUAUCUGCUUCGUUUCUGAACACUUGUGAACUUAUUUAGGGUUUCCAGUAUCGUACUCUUUUAUUCAGUGUUGGGUUUUGACUGUGGUGGUGCUUUAGCUGUUCGGAUUGUUCUAUGGUGACUUUUAUGUAUAACCAUAAUUGAUCUACCAUUAAAUAAAAGAACUCGAUUACUGAAUAGAUUUCUGUUAUAAAUAAGCGGAUCCUAAUUUUUUGUAAGCUUUUUACUCUU